AUGUCGGCCCGCCGCUCUUGGGCGGACAUGAGACCGGGAAGCCCGGUUUGCCAGGUCGCAGCUUUCCUAUUCUGGCUACCCCACCGAGUUUGGGGCCAAGGCUUCGGCGGCUACACGCCCCCUGCGCCCAACUGCCCGGCUUUCAGCUGCCCAUCGGGCCAGCUGCCGGUGGGCAAGGAGGAUAUCGAAAUCGUUAGUUAUGGAUGCAAGGAGGCGGGUCUCAACGUCUUGAGCAUGAAAGACUUUGAUCCCUCCAACCCCUACGCUGGCAUGAACCAGAUGGGCAAAAACUUGAACAAGUGCUGUCUCGAGCGAGACAUUUGCAAGCAAACUUGUGGGAUGAGCUCAAAGGAGUGCCACGACAGCUACCAGAAGUGUCAGCAGAAGGUCUGCAAAGGCGAUCAGAAUUGCCAGCUUCAGGCCAUGGUAGCAGACUUUUCCGGAGAUCCUUACGACACUGACAAGGCUGAAAAAUUCGAUGACAAGAAGUACGACCCUAUGGAGUCCAAGUGCCGGUCGUACUCCGCAGCACAAUCAGCGGUGUGCCAAUGCAUUCCACGUGAAGAGGCACAGGCUGCCAAUGCCAGGAAGCUUCAGGCCUUCUACAAGAAGUUCAACCCGGAGAAGCUGAGCGACAGUGGUGAAAUCAAGGAUGUGGACGAGGUUUGGAAGAAAUGGAAGGGAAAGGAAGCCUCCAUGUUCAUGGCACUGGCCACCAAGUACAAAGACAAGGCCGUCAGGAUCAAGGAGAAGCCGAAGCCGCCUCCAUACGAGCCUCCCUCAACAUCAAAGGCACGGCAGCUUCCACAGUACCUUCAAAUUGUGCCACCUGUUGAUACCUGUUGA